UGAGGGCGCAGCCUGUCCUGAAAGCCUGGGAUAAUCCCUCCGUGACCUCCCUGCGGUGCCGGAGAGGCUGCUGGGGGGGGACCGAGAGCAGGAGCGCUUUUCGGAGCACCUGAAAAGUCUUCGUCCGGGUAGUUUACCCGUUGUUCCAUCAUGGGGGAGCUGACCACCACCUCUCCGGGGGCCCGCCUGGACCUGAACAACUUCGACUCGGCCGCUGCUCGGGGCAGUCGCUUCGUCCUGACGAGCCCCCGCUCCCUGCGCUCCUGUGCGCGGCUCGGUGUCAAACCUGUUCAACUCCUCAUCAAAUCGCUGAACGAGCGGAUCGCUGAGAGGAGCGACGCGCCCUUCGAGGCCGUCAGAGUCAUGCACGAAUCCUACGAAAAGGAGAGACUGAGGCGCUUGCGAAUGUGCCGGGAGGAGAGGGAGAGGAUUAUCCGGGCCGACGAGGUGGACAGGUGGUCGGACGGUAAAGUCUCGGGGCUGGGGGUGGCGCCUGAGACCGGACCGGGAGAUCACACGACGGGCCCCCUCGCGUACGCAGAUCUGUGCCUCAGAGGGAGAUCUGUGACCUCUGCUCACUACGACAGGAGCACCGUGAGCACCCUCAGCCUGGGAGACCUCAGGCACUCCCCGGCGACUGAGAUGCAGCUGCGGAGGCUCGCCAAAGACAUCAGGAAGCAGGUGUGCGUCACCGUGUCGGAGACUGACCGCAAGAUAGCGGCUCUGAUGCUGGCGAGGCACGAGGAGGAGCGGGCCGCCCUGCGGCUCCGUCAGCAGGAGGAGCAGGAGCGGCAGGAGGCCCGCAGGCAGGAGGAGGCCCGGCGAGCUCAGGCUGAGAACAACAGGAGGAGGAAACUGAGGCAGGGUUCGAAACGAUGGCAUGAGGACCUGGAGGCCCGCAGGAGGCUGAGGGGCCAACUGGAGGAGCAGAAGGCGGAACAGCUCGAGCAGGAGGUGAUGCUGCAAGAGGACAGGUGGAGGAGGCUGAAAGAGGAGGUGGAGGAGCAGCGCAGAGAGAAGACAGAAGCCGCGCAGAAGGAGGCGGAGGGGCGCAAACUCUACCAGGAGAAGCUGCUGAGGGAGAGGGAGCAGGUGGAGAGAGGGAGGCUGGAGAGGGAGAGGCAGGUCGCGGUGGAGAGGGAGCAGAGGGCCAGGAGGACCAGGGUGUCGCGGGAGAAGGAGAAGAGGCAGAGGCUGGAGGAGGGGAACCGCAGGGAGCUGCUGCGACACCUCCUGCUGAAGCAGCAGGUGGCGCAGCAGGUGGAGGAAGAGGAGGCACACACCAAGCGCGCACUCGAGGAGAAGCUGCGCCACUCGUGCGAGAGGCGUGCCAGGUCUGCCAGGGCGCGGCUGAGGGAGCUGCAGCAGCGGGCGGCCCUGGAGGACGAGCAGAUCCGGAGGGCUCGCCUGAGGGCCGAGCUGCAGAGCUUCCAGCAGCUCACGCACAAACAGAUCCUGGUCCAGCUGAGCCAGCGGCGCACCGAGAGGGCCGCCGUGCACGCCUCGGCCCGGCACAGGGCCAGAGCGCAGCAGACGCGGGAGCGCAACAAACACAGGCAGCUCUGCCACCAGAGGCUGAGGGAGAGGAUGCAGAGGGAGGAGGAGGAGGCGAGGAAGGUCAGAGAGAGCUACAUCUCCCGGAAGGAGUACAGGAGGGAGAGGCUGAGGAGGCAGCGGGAGCAGAUCCAGGAGGAGGCGCACAGGCUGGCCCGGGCCUCCUUUCACAUGAGGGAGAGGGUGAGGCAGCAGACGCACAGGAGGACCUUUGAUCAGAUGGCCCGGGAGGCUCAGCUGACUGCCUACAUGAGCCGCAUGAAACUAUGACAGGAAUGAUUAACUCCCAGAGAGCCUCCACAUGUGCGCCUCCUCUCAGAGGCUUCAGACUGACUCCCCCAGAGCUGCUCAGAAGAGGAGCUGCAGUAAAAAAAAAAAAAAAAAAAAA